CGCCAGCCAGCCACUGGCCUCAGUCUGUGGAGUGAUGGCCAACCGGCAGGCGGCCCACGCGGUGUUAGUGGAGAGGAGAGUCCUCCUCGGGGUGACUGUGUUGUUAGCCUUAGGAUUGCUCUUAUGGGUGGUGGCCAUUUCUACUGAUUACUGGGGUGUGGUCGAUGCCGGAAAUGGAGUUUACAUGGAGAAAACGAAGCGCUUUUUCCUUUACUCGAAUACUGGGAUAUGGAGAAGCUGUCGAACAGUCUAUUAUAACAAUACCAAACCUCCCACUCUCAAAGAAAUCUGCACAUACAAUGAUCUCUUCCCCAAGGUUAUGCCCCUCAGGAGAACGUACCUAGAUUACCAAAGAACAGUGGCAGCUUUCUCCAUCAUCAGCCUCCUGAUCAUGCUCAUGGGAUUCCUCUUUUCCCUUUACACUUUCCCCCACACGCGGUACAUGUACAAGAGACUUGCCGCCCUUAGUCACGUCGUUUCAGCUGGGUGUGCACUGAUUGUGAUCGAGGUAGCGGUAACCCUCUUCCAAUACGAGGCCGCUAACCUGCCCAAUCGGCAUCCACCUGGCUCCACCUGGGACUAUGGAUACUCCUUCAUGCUUGCCUGGAUCACCUUCAUUGCAGAGGUGUGCGGUGCCAUCGCCUUCGCCGUGUGUUCGAGGAAGAGGAAGAAGGACAAAGCGCCAGACGAUCAGUAUGCCAUCGAAGAAGAACCCACCAUUAUUGGACGAUAAAACCGGAUUUGUGUUCGGAGACCUCUCUUGUCAGACAGAUCACUUAUCAUUUUUUUAUUUCUGACUGAUAGCAUCAUGAUCUCUUAGAUGAACUACUUUAGGCCUUUUUUUCUCCCUUAGUUGGUUCUCUUAGGAAAACUAGACUUACAUAGCAAUGAAAAGCCGUGAUCUUCAAAUUUGCUAUUGUCUGUUCUAAGACAUGAUAGCUUUAUAUGCUGCUGGGAUGAGACACAAUGGGUCUCAUAUCUUGUUGUUUUAUCUGUUCGUUGGUUUUGUAAAUGCUUUCGAUAAAGCCACUUACUAAAAGACAUUAUAUUUAGAACUGAAAUAUAUUUAUAUAUCGAAAAAGUUAUACGACACUAGGAUUGAUUCACUUAUCAGAAUCAUAAAUCAUUCUGGAAAGAAAAUUUGAUACUUUAUUAAGGAAUAAACACUUCGUGUGUCAACACUGAUUUGGUUAAAGUUCGUUUUCUGCCUCCUUCUCAAACAUUGGAAUUGAUGUUAGUGAAAUAUUUUACCUCUUGUAAUAUAAGACUUACACAAACUAACUAGGACAUAAUCUCCCUCCAAGAAGAUCUGUUCUAUUUGACAAGUUCUGUCCAUUUUGUGCCCUAAUAACAUUUAUAUCAACGCAAAUGAUAUUUACAGGACGGGUGCGUUAAGCAUCUGCACGGUUUAAUAGCACAAAUGAUGAGACUGAGAAUUUUGCACUGGUAAUGUAAAAGCAAGACGAGUCAUCUACUUUUGUCACUCACUGUCCGUCGUGAAGCAACGCAUCAGCUUCUGUGUGAUGUGACCCGGUGCUUAUUUGUGUAAUGGAAAAGUCGCUUGUAAUAGUGUUUCUCAGACAAGUACUUCAACACACGUGUUAUUUGAAGCUCUUGAGGUUGCCUGUAUAAGGAAAGUCGAGGUCGUUGAUUGAAUAUUGUGACUGAUAUGUUUCUUCAACGAUUGUUUUUAAUUGGUCUAUUUAAAAAUUGAAAUCAGACUCGAAUCCUUCUGGACGUUACUAGACUUGAAACGACAUUCAUAAUUUUUAAAUCGGUUUUUAUUGAAAGUUUUAACAAUAGACUUUUAAUAUCUUUUUCAUAACCUUCAGUCAACAUAUCAGAGCUUAUCAUUUCUCUAGAGUAUAUUGCAAACCUAACAGUUUCAGAGAGAGCAUGUCAGUUAUCAAUUCAAAUUCAUUAUUAAUAAAUUCAUUUGAGAGUGCUAUCGAUUUUUGUAACCAUGAAACUGCACGUCAUCCCAAGUUCCAGUCAAUUAGCAUAAACUAGAAAAACUGUGGUUUCAUGUGUGAAGUCUCGUAAAUCUUCGAUAAUUCACAUGCACAAUCAGUUUAGAAAAUUAAGGUAGUAAAACUAGUCAGAAAGCGUCGAGCCUUAGCAAUGACAAAGAGCAAAAGAACCGAUUUUCGAGUGAGUUGUUAAGGAAGGGUACCUACAAAGUAUUACGUCGUUGAUAUCAAUGCCUUAAAAAGUAUUCAGUAGACAUUAUAGGCUCUGACGUUAUUUUCAAUGUAUGUUUAGCAAUAAAUCAUGUUUCGUGAUUGUUUCUCUGUGUAUUGUACAACUGUUACGAUUUGCAUUUUUUGUGGAAGUCUCCGUUUUAUUUUCGGUUUACAUCAAGAUCACUGCCUCCUUUCAUACCCAUCUGAAUCAUUUAACAUUGCAAAAUACCUAAUAUUAGUUAAUGUAGCGGUGGGUAUGACCUGAAACCUUCCUUUGGCUACAAUGUGUCCGAUUUUGAUCGAGUACUCCCAAAGGUACUUCAAAAUUUAAAGAGUUAGGUCAUACCCAAGUGCCAGAAACCAUAAUUUGUUUGUUUGUUUGUUUUUAUAGUGACAUAAAGUCCAUGGUAUGUAAAGGAUGAGGAUGAUGUACAUGAUAGCUAGUGGCACUUCACUGUUAUUACUCUCCUCUAUUUUAUACGAUAAUGAAUUAAAGAAUUAAACUUGAAAUUUA